AUGCCGAGUGCAGCCCCGCGGCCGCUUGCGGCACCGGCACGGCCAAAGGCGGCCGGCCGGCCUCCGCUCCUGGUGCUGCUGCCGCUGCUGCUGCUGCUGCUGCUGCUGCCGGCGCUGCUGGCCAGCAGCCCGGCCAGGGCCAGCUACACCGAGACCAUGCUCAUGCGGGCCGCGCGGCCCCUGUCCACCAUCGGCCAGGGGGACCUGGUGGCGUCGCAGGGGCCAUCCCGCGCGGCCAUCCUCCUCGGCCAGCAGGCCGACGGGCGCUUCGGCCUCUUCACCCAGGAGGCCCUGGACCUGGCCCAAUGGCCGGAGCGCCGGCUCGGGCCGAUCUUCACCCAAAGCCAGGACUUCCUGCCCGGGAGGCUGCCGGCCCCCUACCAGCAGUCGGCCUGCCUUGCCCGGGGGGCCGAGCAGCAGCUGGCCCUGCUCUUCCGGCAGGAUGCCACCCUCGGCCUGGCCACCCCCUCCGGGCAGGAGCAGCUGGACGUCGGCCACUUCCGGGUCCUGGCCGCGCAGGCCGCCUCCGAGACCGAUGUCCUGGUGCUGCUGGCCGACCCGCAGGCGGGCAUGCUGUUUCCCCUGCGCUUCGAGCCGGAGCCGCACUUGAGCCAGGACCUGGCCGGCUGGCCGGUGGCCAAUGGCCCGGCCUUGCGCGCGGUGCCCAGCCCGGCCGGGGGCUUCCAUGUGUGGACCCCGCAGGAGUACUUGUACCUGGCCCGGCGGCCGGAUGGCCUGGUGGCCAUGCAGGCCCGGCACUCGGUGGCCAGCUUGGGCCUUGCCCAGCACGGGGACAUCGUGGAUGUGGUGUCCACUCGGAUCGCCAGCUCCGGCGCCGGCACCGAGGACAUGGCCAUGCUGCUGGCCGACAUGCAUGUGGCCGUCUGCGUGGGCGGCUUCGCGGCCGGGCCCUGCCCCGGCGAGUCCCUCCUGAAGAUGGCCCUGCCGGUGAGCAUCGACCCCACCGGGGCCCGGUUCCUGGGCCCGCUGGCCAUCGACACCGCCGACCCGGUCAAUUGGCUGGCCCUCAUCGACCAGCAUGCCCUGUGGCCCUCGCUGUGGGUCAGCCACUUCCGGGAUGGCCCCGGGCCCGGAGGCCGGGUGUUCGAUCGCUGGGAGCGCCUGUGGCUGCCCGGCGACGAGGUCCCGGCCCGCGUCCGGCCACUUCGCGUCCGAUCCGGCCCCGGCCAAAUGGCCUGGCAGUAUGCCGGCGAGGCGCUGCUCUUCCGGAGUAUGGACUUCGCCUGCGACACGGACCGCUCCAUCCGGUGCGCCGGCGGCCCCACCUCCAUGGUGCCCGGCGGCUGGGCAUGCGCCCCGGGGCGCGCGCUCGCCACCCUGCCCUCCGACCGGGGCCUGUGCGGGGCAUGCGCCAGCGGGCACUACCUCGACCCCGGCUCGGCGUCCGCGCCCCUCUCCUGCUCGCGUGCCAACUGA